CCGCGCGCUUCCCCUCCCUCUCGCCUCCGGCGUCUGGGGGCGGGUCAUGUCGACGGGCUCCCUGAGUGACGGCGAAGAGCUGCCGGAGAUGGACCUGAGAGGGCUGCAGUUGGAAUCCCCGGCGCUCUCCCGCUCCAAGCGGCGUCCCCGAGGCGAGCCUUGCCCCUCGGUGGGGAACUCCUCUGCCCGCCACGCGGCCAACGCGCGCGAGCGGGCGCGGAUGCGCGUGCUGAGCAAGGCGUUCUCGCGCCUCAAGACCAGCCUGCCCUGGGUGCCCCCGGACACCAAGCUCUCCAAGCUGGACACGCUCCGCCUGGCCUCCAGCUACAUCGCCCACCUGCGGCAGCUGCUCCAAGAAGACCGCUACGAGAAGGGCUACGUCCAUCCCGUCAACCUGACCUGGCCAUUUGUAGUUUCAGGAAGACCAGAAUCAGACCCCAAAGAAGUUGCAGCUGCUAACAGAUUAUGUGGAACUACAGCAUAAUUAAAGUAAGCAAUACUUCUGCUGGAUAUGCCUACAAACCACACUGACUUCUAUGGACCAAAGGAAACAGAAGCACAGAAAAAUCAACUCUGUUAAAUUUUAAAACUGACUUGUUCAUUUUGAAGGAAAAUGUACUUGAAACAUAAAAUGGAGGAGGGAAAAUGUCCACAGAACUUGUUGCUGCAGCUAAAGCAGUGUCUUCAAAAUGCCUUCCCUGGAUCAUUAUUUAAAGAACUUUUCUUAAGUGUUUUGAAGAUGGAGCAAGGUGUAGAUUGUACAAGCUGAUCUCAGACAGGGUUAACCUGUGUGUCAAAGGAAAGUGGCAUGCUAGACUAGUCUUUAAACGCAAAUUUUAUAAUAUAUUUGAACUUCUGUUCUUGGCAGCUAUACAAUAAUAAGACUACUUCUGUCAUUUUAGCCAAUAUUGUAAAAACUGAAGAUGAGAUCUGAUAAUAUCUGGUCAUUUCCUUCAUUGCCUGUUCCACAAGUGCAUUAAAUUUAAUUAUCUAGAUUUAAGCCAAGCUCAAACAUUGAUGCUGGAGCUAAAUUUGAGUUAGAUGAAAAUGCUAGGCAUUAAAUGUGGCAUGGAUUGAAGUCAUAGGGAAAUUAUUGUUGGGCUGGGGCAGUUAGUCAUAUUUUUGUAAUGAAGAUGUAGUAGAGAGAAAUUUUAUUGGGUGCAUUGCAUUCUGCGCAGAUAUGUGAUUUUAUCGUAACCUGAAACAGGAAGCCUGUUUAAUUGAAACUGGGGAAGGUAUGUUUUGGUAAAGGUGGCAUUUGACUAUGGAGUAAAAGACUGAAAACAUUCCAAGUCAACAUUUCCUACCAUUAGACCUUUUGCUGAUAUGGAACGUUAGCAUUUGUAGUGUUCUUUUUGC